GAACACAUGAUUUAAUGAACUACUAAUCUAGUUGAAAAAUUCGUAUAUCAAUGAAAUAGUAGAAUAAUUUAACGUGUAGUCAAGUCGAUGAGUUUAUUUGAAAAAUCCUUUGCCAAAAUUGUUGAUUUUUUACGAUUAGAUGGUUUUUUUCGAAUUUUCUCAGAAUCAUUUCUGUUACAUACUAGAGGUGUUGUUUCAUUCGGAUUCACUGUAUCAUUGGCUCAGAUAACAUUGCUGGAGAUUAUUUUAAAUGGUUUUUUUCCCUCUCUUCUAACUUUCGAUUUGGGCUUUUGGACUUGGCAUGACAUUCUUACCGUAAUCACUUUAAGGAUCUUAUAAAUUCAGGGCUUUGUGUCUGCGGUCUCUGGUGAAGGGCUCUCGAGCUUUGCAGCUAGGCUGACAAAUGUUGCGUGCUCACGAUCGCAGUUAUCAUUUAUCAUAUUAAAAAAGAGAACGAGAAAAACACCCACUGGGAUCAGAUGCCAGAUGUAGAUAUUAUGUUAUUUUCUCUUCGUGUUUGUUCAAUGUGUCCUGACGCUCUGCUCGCGACAUUAUACGACUUUGAUGACUGUAAAAACAUUUUCUCACCGAGACCUUGGCUUCGCGCGAGAUGAUUAUGAUAAUGAUAAUGACGAGAAUGUGGUGGACAAUCACCGGAAAUUUUGGAAACUUUUUGCCAAUUGAUUGGAGUAAAUCUUAUGCAAGAAAACUGCACAUGCCUGCAUUAAAUCUAAACGAGGCACCUGUUUCACUUAAGAGACAGGAGCUUGAGGACUUGAGCAGCGAAGACGAGGCUGUAGCCACAGAUCUGGAUAUGCAUGCCUUGAUUGUAUCUAGUAGCGCUGACACGCACAGCCCUGAGGAGCCACUAAAAACUGCAGAAGAAGUUCUCAGAGAGAUCGAUGACAUCAUGCAGGAAAGUCCGUCAAUGGAACGGUCUGCUAACUCCAAAGGAUCUCUACUGGAUGUGGAUGAAACUUUGGAAAGAAGUAAGGGGGUUUUAGGAUCACCAUUCUACGAAGAAAAAUUGCGUCAGCUGUCAACUAGCCAAUUAACAGAGCUUCUAGGUGAAAUGGAAUCCUUGGACGGAGCGCUUGGCGAUACUUUAAUAGCUCAGUAUUAUUAUUAUUAA